UCUAGUGAAUCUGAGGGAGGGGUAUGCUUUAGGAAAGAUCGUUGUAACGUUAGUGCAGUUGAAGGACGUGGAAAAGUAGCACUUUUUGGUUUUAUGUGAAAGCGCUGGACAUCUACUUUCGAAAAAAACUGGAACAACUCAUCGGAGCUUCAAGCAGGCGGAUGUUUUAGAAGGGUUCCACCCAGGUCCUCCUCCAGAUAAGGAUGUGUUGGGAUCAGAUGACUCAGCUGAGUGACUCUCCAGCUAGUUCCUGACUCUGCUUCCAGAAAUGCCAUGCUGGCAUCCUGCAGUCAUCUAGUUUGCUGGAAUGGGUAAUCUACUCAAAGUCCUGACAAGGGAAAUAGAGAACUAUCCCCAUUUUUUCCUGGACUUUGAAAAUGCACAGCCUACAGAUUGCGAGCGGGAGGUGUGGAACCAGGUGAACGCCGUGCUGCAGGAAUCUGAGAGCAUCCUGUCAGGCCUGCAGGCAUACAAAGGAGCAGGACAGGAGAUACGAGAUGCGAUCCAGAACCCCAGUGACAUGCUCCUGCAGGAGCGAGCGUGGAACUCGGUGUGUCCACUCGUCAUCAGACUCAAGAAGUUCUACGGCUUUUCCAUCAGGCUGGAGAAGGCCCUGAAGAGCCUGCUGGAGUGUCUGACGUGUCCGCCCUACACGCCCAUGCAGCACCUGGAGAAGGAGCAGGCCCUGGCCAAGCAGUUCGCCGAGAUCCUGCACUUCACGCUGCGCUUCGACGAGCUCAAGAUGAGAAUUCCUGCCAUCCAGAAUGACUUCAGUUACUACAGAAGGACUAUCAGUCGAAACAGGAUAAAUAACAUGAAUCUGGACAUUGAGAAUGAGGUCAACAACGAGAUGGCCAAUCGGAUGUCCCUGUUUUAUGCAGAGGCCACACCCAUGCUGAAGACCCUAAGCAACGCCACAACAAACUUUGUCACUGAGAAUAAGACGUUACCCCUGGAAAACACAACAGACUGUCUGAGCACCAUGGCCAGUGUGUGUAAGGUCAUGCUGGAGACGCCAGAGUACAGCAGUCGCUUCAACAGCGAAGACACGCUGCUCUUCUGCAUGCGGGUGAUGGUGGGCGUCAUCAUCCUUUAUGACCACGUGCACCCCAACGGGGCCUUCAACAAGUCCUCCAAAAUUGAUAUGAAAGGAUGCAUAAAGGUCCUGAAAGAACAGCCAACAGAUAACGUGGAAGGUCUUCUAAAUGCCCUGAAGUUCACCACCAAACAUUUGAAUGACGAGUCCACUCCGAAAAACAUCAGGACUAUGCUUCAGUAAAGUUGUUUUUUUGUUUUUUUUUGUUUUGUUUUGUUUUUGUUUGAUUUGUUUUUAUAUAUAUGAGGAGGAUCAAUGUACUGACCUCAAAGAUGUAUAUGUUUACAUUAUUUAAGGACUUGAUGUUAAUACUUGUGUGUAUUUACAUAGUCAUUCCCUCCAUGUCACUGAAACAUUGAGAAAAUGUACCUUUUUAUUCUAUAAAAUCCAAUCUACCAUCGCUGAUUGCCUAUACUGUUUGUUGAAAUACAAAAUCAAUGAUGCCUUUUUUUUUAAAAGAAAAAAGAAGCCUUACAAACACUCUUGAAAAUCAUUUGCCAUGCAGCUAUCUGAACCUACAGCACUCCCAAUAUAAUGAAGUGAUCAUAUUUAACCAAAGGGGGUCGUUUUGUUUGUGUUGUGUCCGUGGGAUGGUGGGUUUGGAAGCCUACAGCAGUAUUGGUGUAUUGAUGGAUGGUCUUGGUAGGUUAAUGCAUACAAACUGUGCUUGUGCGAAAUGUGUUACUGCCCAAGGGGAGACCACGUGCCACAUAAAAGUCCCGGAACCAAAUGUUCUUUUUGUUCGUUUGUUGGUGUGCGUGUUGAAUUUUGUUCACUUGAUGUGUUUAUAAACUGGUUUUGGAAGUUUGAUGGUAUUUUUUUUUAUCUUUUGUAAUUUUUGUUUUCCAACUGCUUGGGUUUUUCUUUGGCUCGUUAACUUCUCACGGAACCUAAGUUCUCCUCAACAUUUACUUUACUUUGUGAAAUAAAAUAAGAUGACCUGAAGUGUUCAUCCUCAUAUCUGUAAACUGCCCCGUCUACACAGUUUAGGCACUCUUGAUUCAAAUGUUAUUCAGCCUAUUUAAAAAGUAAAAAAAAAACACAAGCUUUAAGUGACUUUUAAUAACCACCUUUUAGAAACAGGAAUAAAUGUCCGUGACCUGCACUUGUGUGACAGGAAAUGUCCACAGUGUGAGCGGACGACAGUACAGGACAGCACAGUAAAUCGUGUUUGUUUGAGAACUAGCCUGUGGGAAUAGAGAGGUUUGUGCUUAUGUUGGUGCAGUUUGUCUUGAGUGUCUUGCAUAGCUUCCAGGUAAACGGGUAUCUGUAAAUCUUGUGAACAUUUUAAUUGAACUGUCUGUCAAAACUGAAGCCACCCCAUAGUCCAUGCAUGCAGUACUGACUCUUGUCAUCAUGGCUGACAUCAUGACUGCUUAUAGAUAUCAAAACAUGACUGAUUGGGACAUUUACCAAUCAGAAAUGAUGAGUCAUAAAAUGUGUGAUCUCAUCUUCCAGUCAAGCCAAGAAGCUGCCUAACCUUUCUAACUUGGCUUUGCAGACAUUCAAAAAAAGCAAGUUUUCCCUUCCUGUUUUCUCUCAUUUGCUCUGCUUCAUUGAUGCUGUACAGAAAAGCGCUUGAGACACCUGCUACAGAUGAAAUGCUACUUGUGAAGUACUUAGUGGAGUAAACGGUCAGGUUUCUGCAUUGGCCAGGGGGCAACCAGUUCUGUGCUGCUGUUCUUCGAUUGUGUCCUUCAGGAUGAUCUUGCUGAACAUUUAUUAAGAUUCAUGCUCACACAAGUUCAGGUUGAAAACCUAAGUGGUCUUUUGCCCUCAUUUUGAGUCCUUUUGUGGAUUCUAUUCCUGAAACGGAACUUCAGUGAGGGGGCAUUGCAUAUCAAUACAAACAAAGAUAGUUUCAGCAUGUUUGGAGCACUUGUGAGAUUGGUAUGACUGUCACAUGCUUCGAACAAAUGAGCUUUUUGUCUCAUGGCCAUGCCACAAUGUAUCUGAUUUGUGGAUUUUGGUAAUGACAGAAUUUGCUGUGUUGUGUGUAUUUUUUUUUUUUUUUUUUUUAACCGUUUAUAAUGGGGGCAUGAGUGGACCAAUGUGUCAGACAAUCACCUACUGUUAGUCCACUCUGGGACGCUUGAUCAUUCAAGUAAACAACAGUGUUUCUGCCCAGCACAAGUUGUAGAUCUAGAAAAAAAAAUUGUGAAUUUUGUUGCGCUUUCAUUCAAAACAGAUCUUUGUGUGUGUGUGUGUGUCUGUGUGUGAUUGCUAUGGGAAGAAAAAUAAUUUGGGCAGACAUCCAUAGAUGUUCACAGGUAACUGAUUUGUUGGAAUUGUGGGAUCGUCAGAACCCAUCUGAAAAGCCAUAAACUAACCAAUGCAUUACUAAUAGAGCCAUGAAGUAAAAUAAUACUUAUUUUACUAUAUUCACAGUAUAUACCGCUGACUCAUGGUGUAUUAACUGUAUGAGCUAUAGCAUUCCAUAUCAAUUGCAAUUGUACAUAAGGUAAAUGCAUUUACAGUUUCUGCAAAAACAUUUUGUAAGAGACAUCAACUUUGAUAGACACAAUGCCUUUACAGUGCAGGGUGAAACAUUUGCAAAUCAUUUUUGAAUAUUGAGGAGAUAAGUGUUAACUGACGUUUGUUUUAAUAUUUCUUUAAGCUGAUUUGUUUUAUAUAAACAUCCUGUGCCACUUGCCUGUUGCAUAUGGAAUGGAUGUGUGGAUCAACAAUAAAAUUGGUACAUUUUCAGCA